GAGCAACUGCAGCGGUGGGAGAGUAGCGAAAUGAAUGCUGAACCCGUGCAUCGUCGAAAGAAUUCGCGUGUGAAAUUUCAGGAUAGCGACAUUUUUUUGAGUGCUUGCAUGUCGGGCGAUGAAGAAGAAGUCGAAGAGCUGCUCGCCAAGGGAGCUGAUAUAAAUACUGCCACUGUUGAUGGACUGACUGCCCUUCAUCAGUCAGUCAUCGACAGCAAACCAGAAAUGGUGCGAUUUUUAUGUGAAAAGGGUGCUGACGUAAAUGCUCAAGACAACGAGGGUUGGACUCCUCUACAUGCUGCAGCUUGCUGCGGAAAUUUAGCUAUAGUAAAGUAUCUAUGUCAAAACGGGGCUCGACUUAACGUAAUCAACAGUGAUAAAGAAUUAGCUUUGGACUUAGCUGACGAUGAGUCCUGUAGAGAGUAUCUUGAACGUGAUUACCGUGAUCAGGGAGUUAUUCCUGAGCAAUGUCGUGAUCAAGAGUUAGCAAUUAUGAUGAGAGAUGCUCAACAAUGGUUGCGCGAUGGAGAGUACCGCGACCAGCCGCAUCGUCGAACGGGGGCAACAGCUUUGCAUGUCGCUGCCGCUAAAGGCUAUACGCAGCUUCUCGAGCUGCUUAUAAAAGCUGGAGGAAAUAUACGAGCGCCUGACAAGGACGGAUGGACCCCAUUGCAUGCAGCGGCCCAUUGGGCUGAAAAGGAUUCGUGUAAAAUAUUACUCGAGCACGGCGCAAGUAUCACGGAUACUAACUAUGCAGUAAGUACACGUGUUCUUUUUUCCGAACGUUGCGGACUUUUGUGGGACGGAUCAACAUCCUCUAUUCAAAGUGGUGAUCAACAUGUUUCUGCUACGGUUUCAAUACCUACUCGACCGUUCCAACAACCUAGUUCAUGGAUCAAUCGGGGCGUUCAACUAGUAACACGGCCGUGGCAGUCAAGUGCUGUUAUUGAAAGUGAAGCUGAAAGGCGAAACACGGCUAGGAUGCAGCGGCAACAUCGCCGUUCAACGCAAGGAGUGACUAAGGAACAUCUUGAAGAGGCUAGUCGGAUUGCAAUGGCUGAAAAUGCUCGGCGACGAGCUUUAGCUGCUAGUCAAAAUGUGCCUUCUAACGGCUUGACAGUAUCUCGUUCAAACCGUCGAGGAACGGGUCCAGUUCUUCCUGAAGAUAUACAAGCCGCUGUGUCAGUUCGUCAAAUCACCGAAAGCGGUAACAGUGCGACAACUGCCGCACGUACUGCACCUGCAGAGCCUGCACCUACUGUUAUCCGCGUUGCUGGAACUGUCGCCUCUGUUUUCACUCGCCCAACCGUAUCGAGCGUGAGUACUGGUCGUCCAGAUGUUUAUAUGCCCACAUUUUUUCAGUACACAAUUAAUUCACGUCCGACUGAAAUGAAUUUGAACUACAAAGCGCUCUACGAAAAAGAGAAAUUGGAGUGUGAACGAUUGCGAAAAGAAGUUGAAGAACUGAAACGCAGUGGCUCUGUACCGUCAUUACGAACAGCGCAAUCACGGUUUCGAAUCGGUUCCCCUGCUAGCGGAGCGAGUCCGAUAGCAAAAUCGGCUUCGGGCAACUCUAUAGAUGACAGUGAACGACGCGCAUUAGAGCGAAAGAUAGCUGAUCUCGAGAUUCAGCUCAAAGGUUUGAGCCAGCUUCGUAUGGAGAAUCAACGUCUAAAAGAGGAAAAUGGCGCUUUGGUGCGUGUGAUAUCGAAAAUGACGAUUUAA